AUGAAGGAAAUACAGGGAGACACGGGAGCUCGCCGAUUCACCCACGGGCAGGAGGUCUCGGACGAAGGGUUCAAAGUAGCCAACGGAAGACCCUACGUCAUGUAUAACGGGUGGCGCAAGGAGGUGGUCUUGUGUGCGCCCGAGCAUCUACGAGCCUUUUUCCGAGGAAAUGUCCGCGAGCACCGGAAAUCAUCAUAUGGAAAUAUGGGAUACUUUCUGAAUCAACUUCUCCGGCAUAGUCCUGCACAAGCGUACGGUGAAAACUGGAAAGCAAUUCGGUCACUCUUCGACCCCUUGUUUUCGCACGGUGCUGGCAUGGCAUUCCUUCACUGCUUAAGGAGAGAUAUCCGCGGCUGGUUGCAGUCCAUACCGAAAACUUUGUCAAGCCAAGAGCUGAAAGAGUCAUCUUUUAGCGUAGAUGCUUCUGGUCUUGGUGAACAGCUUACUCUAAAAUUACUUUCUCGGUUCUUGUACGGGGAGGCUCUAGCUGACGAGUACUUUGCAGAGCUGAGGGAGUUGGCACAAAUGCGUGAAGAACUAGGCUUCAUUGAGCUUCCCACUUGGUUUAUUAUUCCCAGUGUUUACAAGUUUUUGCCAACGAGAGCCAACCGAUUACUCAAACAAUUUACACAAGGAUUCAAAGAGUUUAAUUUACGCAUGAUUGCUCUAGCCGAAAAGAGGGGAACAAAGAUUGCGCUGCAAAACAUCUUCAACGUCACCGGGCCUCAGGGCCAAAUUACUCUAGAACAGUUUCUGCAUACCGUCGAUGAGAUCUUGCUUGAUAACCUAGAGGUGUCCGCAGCCGCUCUCUCGUACUUGCUAAUCAAUGUCGCUGGCGACGUGCAACUUCAACAGAAGCUGCGUGAUGAAGCAAGGCAGCAUUUACAAAGCGGCAAGGAACAAGGUUUCGAGCAGUACUUGGGGAGAUCGAAUACACUUCUCGAGUUUUGCUGUGCCGAGUCCCGCCGGCUCUGCCCAGUUGACUGGUUCUCUCCACCUGAACGUUCGAAUGUGGACAAGACGGUUGAUGGCUAUCAUAUACCGGCUGGUACAGAUGUCACUGUGGAUAUAACGCGUGUAAACAUCCACUCACCCUUGUGGUCGCGUCCGAUCCUGACCCCAGAAGGCAAGCGCCAGGUCAAUGGAUACGAUUUCUAUCCCGAGCGCUUCAACCAAAUAGCAAGGAUGGAGAGCAGCUACAAUGUGGUGGGAUUCGGUGUCAGUGCACGGCAAUGCCUGGGCCAGCAUUUUGCCAGCUUGCUCAUGCGCGUUGUUCUCGUCGAAGUUGUUUCCAACUAUCGCAUCACGACAAAUCAAAGGGCCUGGGACUGUGGUUUUCGUCAAGAUAGGACAGUCCUCGCACCGAAACCACAGGAAAUCUUGUUUGAGGAGCUCGAGCCAUUACCGCUUUAA